CGAGUGACCACGUUAAUCUAUUGUACUUUAAAAUGGGAGCCAACCAAAUGAACUUGUAGGCUUCGCGAAGAACCAACCACAUUGAACGCCAAAUAAUUCUGAGAAUUCAAUUCAAACAAAGAAAAGUUCAUUGGCAACUUUACAACAACACAGAAUGUCUGAUGCUGUAUAUGGUGCUCACCAGUCCAGCUCAGAAGCAGGUCAGCUGUUAGCAACGUUUUGGCCAAGAGUUAUGCAUGAUGUCCGGAAUAAACCUCUUCAAACCCAAAAAGCUGGAAGUAGAAAAGAUGAACCCAUUCAAGAAUUGCCACUGGCAAGAAUUAAAAAAAUAAUGAAGCAAGAUGGUGAAGUAAAAAUGAUCAGUGCAGAAGCACCAAUUUUGUUUUCCAAAGCAGCAGAGAUUUUUGUUAGUGAGUUAUCAUUACGAGCAUGGAUUCAUACAGAAGAUAAUAAAAGGCGUACUUUACAGCGUAACGAUAUUGCAAUGGCUAUCACAAAAUAUGAUCAGUUUGAUUUUCUUAUCGAUAUUGUGCCGAGAGAUGAAUUAAAACCAGCUAAACGCCAGGAAGAAGUUAUUCGACAACCCCCGAAUGUAAUGGCACCAGAGCAGGUCCAAUACUACUUCCAACUUUCCCAACUUCAACAACAAUCUGGUGCGACUGGGUCACAACCAGCUACAGCUUCAACACCUCAAAUAACCCAACUUCCGCCAGGUGCACAAAUUAUUCAACAACCAAAUGGUCAAAUCGUAAUUGCAGCGCAGGCCCAUCAAAUUGCAGCAUUGACUGCAAAUGCGACUAAUGCACCGCAACAAACUCAAAUAAUUCAAAUACCUGCUCAGGAUGCUACUCCGUCAGCAUCUGAAACACAACAUGUAUCCAAUACAGAACAACAACUUGUUCAAGCAAGCUCAGUUUCGCAACCUAGUGGACAGUUUACUGCAUCUGGUCAACAAUUACAUUAUGUUCGAAUUCCACAAUCAGCUUUGCAGCAAAGUGGAGGAGCAUCUAAUUUGAGUCAAGUUAUGCAACUUCAACAACAACAACAAACAUCACAGCAUCAACAGCAAGUUUCUUCAGCGGAAUCACAAAACAAUGGAUCAGAAACGAGACAACAAGAAAGCUCUUACUCACAAAUUUACCAGCAGUUACCUAGUGGACUACCAGCUGGUACAGUAUACGUUAUGUCUUCAUCUCAAGUUGCGAAUGAAAAUUCCCAAGAGUAGGAACCAUGAUGUGACAAAGUGUGGCAAAAAAAAAUGGUGACAGUGGUUGGGUAGUUUCGUCGCUGAAAAGUCCAACUAAUAUGAUCACUGAUAUUUUAGUUAACUCGAACUUUAUAACUGUAGUGACAAAUGCAUCAAAUAACAGUUGACUUAUAACAAACAGAAAAAUAUUCAAAUAUACAAAGUUUAUGUUAUGUUUAUUAAAAAGUGUAAACAAUGUGGAAAUCAGUUUGUUAUUAAUUGAUAUUACAUAUAAGAAUGACUGUGUUUAUAUGCAUGACUGGUGUACAAAAACGCUGUCAGAAGGUAUAAAGCAAAAUGGGAAAGUGAAUGUUUUUUAAGCAUGUAUAAAUUUAAAAACAGGUUUGGGUUUGCUUAGCAAACUUUUAUUUUCAGAUUAAAAAUAUGCUUAUGGUAUUUCAAAAAAUCUUGUUUUACAACAAUAGCAUUCUUCUGAGAAAAGACAUAUCAAUAAAGUUGAGUGUCGUCAUUAUGCUUAGCAUAUGCUAGUGUUCUUAGUAAAUCUGAGCCUGAAUAUGCUUAUAAACAUUAUGCUUAUAAAUAAACCGUGCAAUAGCCUAUCAUUUCGAAAAUAAUAAUUACCUGUGAUCUCGUUUUGUUGGUAGGAAAAGUCAAACUGAUAUUCAAACCUGAUUUUUGUUGCAACUUUUUAAAGGUUCAUAAGAUAUUGGAAAGCUCUAGUGAGUAGGGCGAUAUAAUUAUUUAUGUUUUUGGAAGAAUUAUUGUAAAUAUAUUUUAAUAUUAUUACUGAAAAAAUAUAGUGCGAAUGGAGUAUCGUUAAUUUGUAAAA